CUCCUUUGGACACUCGCGAGAGCUGCCCGCUGUCAGCUACAGCAGCGGUACCUCUCGCGAGACUUACGCCUAAGGAGGCGGGCGGGAAGGCUGAGUGGCAGCUCGCGGAGGGAGCCGGAGGCGGUGGCCAAGAUGGCGUCGGAGGGUGACUUGGGCAGGAAGUGGGACCGGUGCUUGGCUGACUCCGCCGUCAAGCUGGGUAAGGGGGCGAGGGUGGGAGCUGUGGAAUAGGGAGCGGGAGGGGGCUCGCCCUGUGUUUACGGUGUGGUGCUGAGGGGGAAGGAAGACCUGGGUUAAGGAAGGGACAGCCCUUGCUCUAAGGCCCUACUCAGGUUAUCCUCGCCUGGCGUGAGGCCUCGUGCAUUUAGCAGCUAUGUCCUUAGGAUUCAAGGGUCGGUGCCUGGCUUGCCAAUAAAUCGUCGUGCUUCAGGGAUAAGUUAUUUAUGCACGCACGCAGUUUUCAAAGGCAUUUUUUAAAAGGAGUUGCAAUGCAUCCAAAACAUUGCAACCCACUUAAAAAAACACACCAAAUUCUUAAAUACGGCAGCCUGCUUUUCAAAAGCAAUCGCAGGGAGUAUAUAUAUAUAUAUAAAAUAUCUUGCCCCCCUCAUCGCAGACCUUUCUUCCUGAAAGGAGGGGAGGGAACUCUGUUGCAACAGAAAAAUAAAUAUCUGCCUUGCUUUCCACCGGAUCCUGCCUCCAUUCAUUCUUCUCUGACCGAUCAUGGACUUAGGGGACUCUGAGUCCCAUGGGGAGUUGGGCAGCAAGUUUUUACAUCAAUUUCAAAAGUUUCCCCAAAAGCAAUUUUGAAGCCCACCCAAACCCUGCAGUUGACUUCUCAGGAGCCAGUCUUCAGAAGGUGCAACCCCCUAUAUUGUGUUGUUUGCUGCUGCCUUGAGGAGAUAACAGUGUUCAGAAAUAUUGUGAAUAAAACUGCCAGUGUUUGUAGCUGCUUUAUGGGGGGGUCCAUGGUGCUGUGUCCCUAUUUUUGUCUGGGAAAUGUGGUAUAGUAUAGAGCUGACCCUGGCAGCUAUGUUAUCCACUUGGACCAUACAGUGCUAUCCUUCAAACGGCCUGUCACUGGAGACAGUCAAAGUUUGUGUGUAGGAACUGAAUAGCUGUGGAGCCACCAAUAAUGUUUCAUUGUGUUUUGUCUGCUGAAUAGCUUUCGCUGCAGUUAAACUUCUAAAAUGCAGGAUUAUCUUCUUCAGCAGUAACAAGAAUCAUGCUGUCUGGGUGUGUUUAAAGGUCUAGUGCAGGCAUAGUUCAUUGGUUGAGCGCCUGUUUUGCAUGGCAGACAUCACAUGUUCAAUUCCCAGCACAUCCAUAUAAAAGGAUUGUAGGUGAGCCAGUCUGGGAAAGACUUUGAGCUUCUGCCGCUUGCAAGAGUGGGCGGUAACGUUCAAUUACAAAAUAACAGCAAUAUAUGUAUCGCUUCUGUAAUAUUUAGCCGUUUGAACACACCAUCACAGCAGUUGUUGUAUCAGUCCUGUAUGGUGGCGGUGCGGAUAAUGCUGUAAGAGUGAUUUGCCUAAAGCCACCUGGUUUGCCCUUGGGCUUGGCAGAGGUGAAAUCAAAACUAAUAACUGUAGAUCUGUGGUGUUAUAUUUUAGCCACCACUCCCAAUUCCUAGUUGAUGGGGCCAUUGCAGGUUAUUGAUGGUAGGGGGUGGGUUCACUUCCAACCACAUUGGUGCCCCGGCUUUCCUAUAUUUAUUUUAUUUGUUGCAUUGCAUUUAUAUCCCAUCUUUUUCUCCAAGGAGCUCACAUUGACAUACAUACCAGCCCCCAUUUAAUCCUCACAACAACCUUGUGUGAGGUAGGUUAGUCUGAGAGGCAGUGACUGGCCCAAGGUCACCCAGUGAGCUUCAUGACUGAGUGGGGAUUUGAACCCCUCUGACACUGAACAACCAGGCUGUCUUUGACAAAGGUUUUGCAGGGGAUACACUGUAUGACUAAAGUUGGAGGAUUCUUUGUGAUGUAUGAGAGAUAGACCCCCUGUCUCACAGUGACAAAUCAUUUUGCUACCUAGUAGUCACCAUUCACAGAGCUUUCAGAAUUUCACCUAACAUUCUCUUGUUGUAAUGCUUUACAACAAGCCUGUGAGGUAGUCCAGUGUUAUCCCAAUAUUGCAGUUUUGGGGGUGAAAGGGGAGUUGCUUUUCUAAGGUCACCUAACAAUAACAAGUUUACUGCAAGUGUGAAGUUUGAUCUGGGGGACACACCUACCUACUGGGGAGAGGUUUUCCCCAUGGAGUUUCUGCCUGACCCACACCUGUUAAACCUGCACAUCUGUCAAACAAAAAGGUGACCACCUGAGGCACAGGAAUGGGAAGACAUCCAAUGUGAAUGGGUUGUAUGUGAGUUCUACUAGAGUAAACCCAUUGAAAUUAAUAACUGUGACUAACCAAGUUCACUUAUUUCAGGGGGCCUACUCUGAGUAGAACUUAGUUUGCAGGAGACUGAGGUGUUGAUGAGAAUUUGGGAAUUCUUCUGCUGUGUGAUGUGAGGAGGAACCUGCCUAACUGAGAUCCAUGUUGGUGCAGUAGACGGUGUGUAUGUUGGAUUUCUGCUGGGAAGAUCUGGGUUCAAAUACCAACUCAGCUAUGAAGUUCUGCCUUGGGCGGAUCGCAUUUAGCCUAACCCAUCUCACAGUAGGUGAUAGAGAAGGCAGUUGCUCUCGUAUCCUGCUUAUAGGCCUUUGGUAGGCCUCUGUGAGAACAGGAUGCCGUACUAGUUGGGCCGUGGCCUGAUCCAGCAGUCAGUUCUACUGAUGGCUGUGAAAUGGAGACCUGAAGGGGUGGGUCUUUGUUGAGACACAAGGAAGCAAUAGUUGGGAAUAGCUGAACUUAAUUACUAGCUUAGUACAAGCAGAGAAUGAGUUCAGACUAAUGUGGAAAAUUGAUUCCCCACCAGCCCCUUCUUGCCUCUGGUUCCUAUCACCUCCAUCUUGUCAAAAGGUUUUCUUAGCUUGGCUGCCUCUUGGGAUUUCUUUCCAGUCUUUGACCUGCCCUGCAAAGCUAUUACUGUCUUUAGGACCUGUGUGAUCGUAUUAAUCCCAGCCAAAUUAAAAUAUUUCCCCUUCCUUGAGCACUUAGGAAGUUUGUGAACAUUCUAUGCCAUCAUGUCAGCUCAGCCAAUCUGCAUUGGAAGCCACAAAUUCUAUAUAAUAAGUGUCCUUCGCCCAAUCUUUGGCGUGCUCAUAUCCAGGCUUGGUUAUGCUUUGGGGGUCACUAAGUUGAUUUGUUUUUGUUGUCACUGAUGAGCAUUAGUGAAAAGAGGUUGGGACUUUGCCCUCUUUCCCAAAGUUGGAGGGUGGCCGCCCCCCGAUGUGUCUUGAUUCUCCUGCACUCCUACACCGAAAACCUCGCAUGAACCCCUUUGAAAUGAGAGUUAUGCAACAUGUUCCCAGUAAUAUUGUGCCCAGAGUUGGCUGCGGUUUUGAGGUUUCUGUUUGCAGCCAACUCCCCCGUUCCCAUACCGGGAGAAAGUGCUUUUAAGUUUUGUGUUAUAAGACUUGUUUACAUGCAAGUGGAGUGGGUAAGAAGAGCAAGAAGAAAUAACAAUGAUCCAGUUUGAAUUGCAAAUGAGUUAAUAAUCGGAUUUGUGCUUGCUGUUGCAAUUUUCUUCUCCUCUGGCUUCUUCUGGGUAGGUAUUAAUUUGAUUUUAAAUGAGCAGGUGUCUCAUGCUUCGUAAGAGGGAUUGAGGAUGUGAUAAGAAGGUUUCUGGGUUGAUAAACAACCUAAGUAGAAUCUUGCUGGAUCAGGCUAAAGAGAAACCAUCUCUGGUCCAGCAUCCUGUUCAUAGCAGUGGCCCACUAGAUGCCUCCAAAAAGCCCACAAGGAGAGUAUGGAGGCAUCGGCUAUCCUUAGGAAGAUAGAAAGCUGCCUUCUUCCAAAACAGAGCAUUGGUCCAUCUAGCACAGUAUACUGACUGUCACAUCAGGGUCUCAGACAGGACUCUUUUCCAUUCCUCUUGGAGAUUUGAACCCAGGACCUUCUGAAUGCAAAGCGGGUACCCCACCACUGAACUAUGGCCCUUCUUUUAGAACACAUAGGAAGCUGCCUUUGACUGAGUCAACUGCUUUAUCUAGGGUAGUGCUGUCCAUGUUGACUGACAGCAGCUCUCCAAGAUUUCAGACGGAACAUUCCCAGCCUACCUGGAGAUGAUGGGAAUUGAACCUGGGGCCUUCUGCGUACAGUACAGGUGCUCUUCCACUGAACUGUGGCCCAUGUUUGUCCCUAGCACCUGACAGUCAUAGGUAAAUUGCAUCGGAAGAUGGAGGGACAGUUUAGUGGUUGAUAAGACUUCCCCUUCAUGAAGUUGUUGUAAUCCUCUCAUAAACCAUCUACAAAGUAUUGAUGGAUAUUGUCAGAGCUUAGAGCAAUUCCACAUUCAUUCUUCUUUAAAACAAAGCAUAAUCACACAACAAAGUGCCUGUGGGUCAGUGCCCAAAAUCCCCUAAGUGCCAGGCUCAUUUUGCAAUUGGCACAGGCCCAAUUGCGACCAUUUGGAGAUCUCUGGGUGCUUGGUGUCUGGCCCCUCCAGCUUUCUUAAGCAGGUAAGCAGAAGAGCUUAUAUAUUGCAUAUAUAUUCGUACUUCUGCAUCUUGAGAAGUGGGUUUGGUGAGCCUCUUUGUGCACAGCAAAUUUCAAGGCUGCUGAGUUAGAUGUGCAUGUGUGUAAGCUAUUGGGUUUCACAGAGUUCACAGUAAGGUGGAGCGAUGAAGACUUCUGUGAAAUGUGAGAGCUUGCAUCAAUGUGAAGCUGUCCCAUUUAAAAAGUCAGCAUUUGACUUGCCGGUAUUUGUGGCUGGUACUGCAGCUGUUCCUCCUACUACAAGGCAUUUGGUUUAACACCUUACUCCUCAUCCCCACCAGUAACCAAGCUUAAGUACUGCAUUUGCCUUUGUUUGCCCCUUGCUACCCACCCACCUCUUUUCUGUUUUUGCUGCAGACAGCUUGGGAAGAAGUAGCCUUUUGCAGAUCUUCAUAAAGAGACGUGCUAUCUUGAUGGUGUUUUAUAUCAAGGAUGGGGAACCUUUGGCCUUCUAAAUCAAGCUUCCUCAAAGUUGGCCCUCCAGAUGUUUUCGGCCUACAACUCCCAUGAUCCCUAGCUAGCAGAACCAGUGGUCAGGGAUGAUGGGAAUUGUAGUCUCAAAAACAUCUGGAGGGCCGAGUUUGAGGAAGCCUGCUCUAGAUGCUUCUUAACCACAACUCUCAUUACAUCCUUGCUGAGGCUGGGAGUUGUAGUUCAGUAACAUCCGCAGGGCCAAAACUUGCCCACACCGGUUCAAGAUGGAUCAGUAGUCUCACCUGGUAGAGUAUCUGAUAUAGUAACUAGCCAUGAUGGUUAUGUUCUGCCUUCACAGUCAGAGACAGCAGUACUUCUGAAUACUGGUUGAUUAGUCCACAGCAGUGGCAAACAGUCGGAUGAUCUUGCCUCUGUGUGAGGCUGCAAUAAUGAGGGAACCAUUGAGAGAUGGGGCCUGUUGUGCCAAUGAGGGAACCAUUCAGCAUCUGACGCUGUUGCCCUCGUCCUGCUUGAGGGUUUCCCACAGGCAUUGGCUUGGCCGCUGUGAGAACAGGAGCCUGGACUAGAUGCACCAUUGGCCUGAUCCUGCAGGCUCCUCUUAUGUCCUAUGCUCAUAAGCAGGGGAAAGAUCUUAGGUUUGUAGGCUGCCCUCACAAUAAACUGCUGCAGAGGAGCAUGUAGAUCCCCUGUCGGUGUGCAUGCCCCCAGCUCUUGCUUGAACUGAACACACGCCUUGUUCUGAGGAUUGCGCAAGGCAAUUGACUCAAUUUUUCCCAACCAAAGCCCUGCCAGAGGUUUCCCAGCGGGAGUUUCUCACCGCCUGCUUGAACUGGGCCAGAGUCGUGUUUAGGCACAGGCACUUGGCCCAGAGCGUGAAAGGGAGCAGUGAUGCUUAUUUCACAUGUAUCAGGAAUUAAUGACAUGUACGCACAGAGCCAGGGCCGCAGUUGCAGAGGUAAGCAUAAAUGAGCUUUGCCUAGUUGACAGUGGCAUUCCAAACCCACCAGGGCCCGCAUGAUUCUCUGGGAACACUUUCUGAUUUCCUUUUUUGCUGAAUCCAAACAUGCAGGCCUGAUAAAUCCUUAAGAUGUAAAGCCAUUUAUAAAUAAAAGUCCAUAUAGUUAUUCAACAAAUGUUAUUAGUUUUGUUUUUUAAAGCAAAACAUGACUUGCAAAAACUUCAGGAAAACAAACAACAAGGCAAUGAAACAAUUUUUUAUGAUUUCCCCAGAGUAUCCUGAAAAUACACUAUGAAAAUCUGUAUUCCCAUACAUAGAACGGUAUAUAUCUGUAAAACAUGUUCUUAUAAAGUGAUCCACAAGAACAUGCUUUACAGAUGUAUACCGUUCUAUGUAUGGGGAUACAUCUAAAUUUCAGGCAUCUAACUCUGAAAAAAGUGUUGUGUGUGCUUGAUUUGCCGUAUCGUUUGCUGCUCUUUCUGGUAAGCUGCUACUGGGGCAGGUGCAAAGGGCCUGCAGAGGGUUUUUUGUUUUUUUUUAAAGGAAAGGGUUAUGUCCAGUCUUAGUCCUACGCACAGUAGACCCACUGGAAUUGGUGGGCCUGAGUGCUUUAAUUUCUAUGAGUCUACUCUGACUCUUGAGUAGGGCUAACACUCCAAACCUUAUUCGGCCUGAAAACUCUGGGUUGUAUCUCAUGUUAAUGCUACUUAGAGUGGAGUGGACCCAUUGAAAUGAAUGUGCCUUGGUAAGCUAUGCCCAUUAAUUUCAAUGAGUCUACUCUGUUGUUUGAUACAACCCUCUUUGCCUCCAGUUCCUACCCAGGAUAAGUUUCAGCUUAUCAGGAGCCUUGGAGAAAAACUCUCCUGUUUUGCUGUUAUAACUGGAGGUGGGAAGUGAACUUGAUAGGUUCUGCUGAUGAAGUGUGAUGUGAAAGGCAUCCCUGUUACGUAUGCUGAACACAUUCCUGUUCAGCAGCGGCAAUGCCACUGCUGGGAGGCGGGCUGUUUUUCCGGGUGGGCACAAUUCCACUCCACUUCCACAAAAGGAGUUGCGAGCUGAAGCAGCCCUUCCUCAUCCUUCAAAAGCAGUGAAGUUGGCCUGUAUUGAAGUUGUCAUAGUGGUGGGUUUUGAAACAAUUAAAUGAAGGAAGUGAUCUAAGGCGCUUUAAUCCACUUGUCGCUGGGCAAGUGACUACGAGAAAGCUGCUCCUUUCCAGGAAGGCAUAUCUGAUGGCUCCCUUCUGGGCACCCACUCCUUUGCAAGCCAUGUUGUCAUGUAGAGCCACGCCUGUACAUGAACUGGCAACGGCCUGCAAGUUCAUAAAUUGCCCGCUCCUCUCCAGAAGACACUAAUGUGCCUUUCGCCUCUAAUCCUAUGUUUGUUUUGACAUCUUGGAAUAAAACACUUCAAACUAUUAAAUAUUCCUUUCAUAAUACAGCUUUUUAAAUUAUAAGGAUUUUCUUUUGAGGGUGGGGAGGUGAUCAACUUGACCUUCGAUUGUAGUUUCCUGCAGUUUAUAAUUUAGGGGAUUUUCUGCUUCUGUAGUCAGAGAUAACCACUCAGAUAGACAUUGGGCAGGUUCAUGGCGUAACGUCAUAAGAGCUAAAUGUAGGGUUGCCAUACGUCUGGAAUUAUUCAGCCCCCUUAAGCAGUACUCAGACGGAAAUGUCCGGGAAAACAACCUUGAGCAAAGGAUUUUCACAUUUUGAAAUAUGGCAACCCUAGCUAAAUGGAGCUUCCAGGUUUGGAUCGGCCACUGUGAGAACAGGAUGCUGGACAUCUGAAGGCAGCCCUGUUUAGGGAAGCUUUUAAUGUUUGAUGCAUUACUGUAUUUUAAUAUUUUGUUGAAAGCUGUCCAGAGUGGCUGGGGAAGCCCAGCCAGAUGGGUGGGGUAUAAAUAAAAAUAAAUUAUUAUUAUUAUUAUUAUUAUUAUUAUUAUUAUUGAGUCAUUGGCCUGAGCCGGCAGGCUUUUCUUAGGUUCUUAAGAGACCAAUCUGUUCUCUUCUUGUAGGUGGCUGGAAGGUAAUUAGGAGAAGUCUUAUUCAGCAUCUGUUGAGCUAAUAAGCGGUGGGAUAAGUGGGGGACAAUAAAGGGGGGUGUUGUCUGGCUUCCCAACAGCUGCGGCUGUGGGGGUCCGAUGCCUGGGGAGAAGGAAAGCUUUGAGGAUGGGUUCUGUGGGAGUGAAAUAAUACUGCGGGUUGCUUUGAAGUCUGAAGCUGGAGCAGAGAGUCUGGGAAAUUGCCUGUGCCCCUGUAUUCCUUCCAUUCUCAAACCCAAUUCCGACUAGCUGACAUAAGUCUCCAAACUGGAAAAUACAUGGUGACUCUGAGGGAUUAGGAUUAGACUUCAAAAUAGCCCUUCUGUCUCCAGAACUUGACUGAUUUGGAAGACCAAAUCAGUGUCAAGCUGAUCAGAACUGUAUGAAGAGCCAGUUUUGGUGGCAAAUGCAGGGAUGGGGGUAAGGAGAGAGAGAGAGAGAAAGGAGAUAUCUGCAUGCUCAGGGGGGACCCCAAGAUUUGCAGUGAUUAGAGUGUUGGAGUAAGACCUGGGAGACCAGGGUUCAAAUCUCCACCUGGCAAAGAAGCACACUGGGUGUGACCUUGGGGCCAGUCACUGCCUCUCAGCCUAAAUUACAUCACAGGGUUGUUGCAGGGAUUAAAUGAGAGGGAGAACCAUGAAUGCCAUCAAUUGCAAGACAUAUUUUAUAAAGGAAACCCCAAGGGGCAACCUUCCUCCCAAAUAGCCCAGUACAAAGCAGUAAACUUAGCAGCCAAGGGAUGUUGAAUUUCAGUUGUAAAGGAAAAAUUAUGGUGGGGGAAAGAGCAGAAUGGAGUGUACUGGAAGAGGGCAAAACUGGUUUUCUAGAACACUGAGUAGCAGCAGCACCUUGGUGAAGGAUAAAACUGCAUGAUUUUGUUGCAAAUCUCACUUGUCUGCAUUAAAAUAUGGCCAGGUGAUAACGUCCAUUUGGCCAGUGCUUAUAUCAAAAGAAUGUAGAGUAAUUGCCUCCGCAAACCUGACAUUUGGCAGGAUUGCAGCUAUUGGAAAAGGGUCUUCUAUCUUUUAUUUUUUGAAGAGGUGGGAGGAAAGGGGUGAAUUGACAAGAGGCCUUAAAAGAAAAACCCAAUUUUUAUGAAAUUGGAAUGACAUCGUACUGUAUAUGGCAAUGGCUAGUGUAGCACGUGCCUUUGGUUUGGGGAAAAACUUCGGAUGUAAUUCAUCUUUCUGUGUCAUUGCUCCAUUUGCAAUACUUACAGAUGGUGCAACAGAGUAAAAAUUGGGGGUUAAAGUAAUCUGUGGCAGAGAAGAUUGGCAUUUGGCAUGGGGUGGGUGGGGAACAAAAGCACAGUUCCUGCCUCCCCAAGGAUUGAGGAAAGAAGUUACGGCCUGGCUGAACUGAUUUCAAAAUUCAAUUUGAGGCUCUCCCAAUGUGCUGGCUGGGAAUUGUACUCCAAAACAUCCGGAGGGCACCAAGUUGGUAAAGUUCAGCAUGUUUCGUUCAGGAACAUUCCUCGUGCAUUGAUGGGACCCACAAAUGGUGUGUGAGGCCCUAACUCAGUGCCGAGUCAAUUGGAUGGGGUUGCCCGGAAGGCCCAUUUCCUCCAGGCCAAGCGGCUGAAGACAUCUCAAAGAAUAAAACCACUUUCCUUGAGUCUUCCCCUCCUCUUUUGCCUUUCCUGGCUCUGAAGGGAGGGAGGGAGAAGCAGGAGGGGGGUCUGAGACUGCAAGAUAUUUGGCUUUUAUCCCCUGUCCGUUUGUUUUCCUUGUAAGUGAGAGCUUUCAUCUUUUAUUGUUAUGAAGUUAAAGGCUGGCUUGGAGGUGCCGGUCUUUAGUGGAAACAGCUGCCUGCUGCAGUCCCUCAAUGUCCCCUCGGUCAGGUGGGAGGCCCUUCGGAGCAGCGCCUUGCCCUCUUAAAAGGAAAUUGAGCAUGCAGCUCCCCAAAACGGCAAAAGCCAUCGGCUGGUGUGGCUUUUUGCCUCUUUGCUGGUCCCUUUGUACAGUACCGUCCAUAAUCAAACUGGCAACUUGGCCAUUUCACCUCUAGGGACUUCACUUGGAUGAGGCUCAUUUGUUCCAGCAGCGUUUGUGUCUAGGAAAACCCCCAGUGGGAUUGGACACACACGGCUUCGAAAGAUUGACUCAAACUCCCCUUUGCUUUCUUGGCGACAUUAAGGAGAUUACCACAGAACCACAACAACCUCCUGGUUGGAUGAAGAACUGUCCACAGCAACAGUUUCAUAGAUCUUAAUUCCUGUUUGUGCUUUGAAUUUGGUGUGUGUGUCUGUUGAACUGCAGGCCAGAAUUGUCCUAGAUAGAAAUUAUUUGAACUGAGCAGCUGGUUGGGCAGACAGGAGGGGGGAACAUUUGCCGCAUUUUCUUCUCAAUAAAGACUGGCUGUGCCCUCCAUUAUAACCCUUGGCAUGUGACAUCAGUCUUUACGGCCCUCCAGGUUGCAGUGGAAAGCUGGAUAAGACAUUCUUGAAAAUCUACCAAAGUUGCCUGACCCUCACAGCCUCUGCCCCAGAGCUGUGGGGCCAUUCCCAUAAGAAGCUGCCCCUUUAUUGAAUCCAGCACAUCUUCCUCACCCGAUCCAGCCUUCACCAACCCUGUGCCCUUGUAGAUGUUGCUGGGCUACAGCUCUCAUCAGCCCCACCCAACACCGCCCAUGGUCAAGGAUAUUAUUUAGAUGAUAUCUUGCUCUGAAUCUAUUCGUGGAGGAUAAGGUUAUCGAUGGCUACUAGCCAUGAUGUCUGUGUUCUGCAGGCUCUUAUGUUCACUCCUCACUCAUCUGGAGGGCACCAGUUUGAUCUACUUAGAAUGAUCUAGUUGUCUCCUCCCCCAAGCUCUGUGGUUAUCGUAUUCUGGGCAAUCAUCGGACAUUGGUUUUUCCCUAACAGGAUGGAAAAUGGUAACAGAAGCAACUGUUUAAAGGUCGGUGUUCGCGUGAUGCACAGUUCAUCUCCCAUGUAAACCAUUUCUCAUUGAUUAGCUAACUUGUUUAAGUUGGCAGAGGGGGAAAGAGAGAAACCAUCCUUGAGCAGGAAGUCUAAGCCUGGACCGCAGCAUGACUUGCUGAGCUGGACAGUUUGAGCAAACGCCCAUCUCAUCACCCCCCCCGCUCCCCCCAUUUCUGCGUGUUGAAAUAAUUAUUUUCUCUAAACAGCCUGAUUUCCAGCAGUGGUACUCGAGAAAGAAAGGAAAGGCAGUGUGUAGCAAGGGAAGGAGUUUGUGUGAGCCUCGGGUCAAGGAGGCCAAACAGUUUGUGCUUUUGAUGGAUCUGUGCAGAUGGUAAUUUGGGUUUAAUAGCAUAAACACCCUCUCCAUACAUACUCCCCCCAACACCAGCUGUUCCAUGGGGAAGCUGGAGUAGGGUGGGGAGACAUCGGUUGUUGCUAACAGUCAUUCGUGCCUUGAUGCCUGCUUGACUACAAACUCUAGGUGCGCCCUGCCGCCCCCCCGGGCAUCUUUUUAAAAUUAAAUUUAUUUUCUAAUUUUAAAAUUACAAACCCACAAAAAUCAUGCUUCUAGCUGUGUGGUAACACUGGUUGCAGAAUCCAAUCACACCAGUCAAAAUGUUCUGGAAUGUGAGGAAGGCGAUGACUAUGCGCUCCCUCCAUGGUUGGAAGGAGCAAUGCUUCUGCUGGAAACUACAGGAGGGGAGAGUGCUCUGGUGCUCGAAUCCAGCUUGCAGGUUUCCCUUUGAGGCAGCCUUUCUCAACCUGUGGGUCCCCAGAUGUUGUUGAACUACAACUCCCAUCACUCCUAGCUAGCAAGGCCAGAGCUCAGGGAUGAUGGGAGUUGUAGUCCAACAACUUCUGGGGACCCACAGGUUGAGAACCGGUGCUUUGGGGCAUCUGGUGAAAAUGUCAUUCUGGACUGCCUGACCCAGCAGGGCUUUCCUUAAUCAUCUUUAUGGUAGAUAAUAUCCUGUCAUCUCUUCUAUCUUGCCAGGAAUCAGCUUGCAGUAUCUCACAAUCCUGGGGCACGCCAUCUAAAUAUGAUUUCAGAUCUUGUCUGCCCUGUGCCCCGCUGCCAAGAUAAACAAAUGAGUUCCCGUAACAGAUUCAGCUUAACCUAAGCUGUGUAAGAUAUCAUCUAAAUAAAAUCUCAGGAAGAACUUCCUGCAAAAUCCACACACUGUAUUGAUCUGUGGUAUCUUCUUCCAAAUCCAAAUCUAUGGCUUACGUUGACAUAUAGAUGGAGCUUGGGACUCUACUGCAGGAGGGGGUGCCAGUGCUUAGCCUCGGGACAUGACAGUGUUCCAGAGCAUGGGCAGAGUGUGUUUGCUUUACAGCUGCCAUGAACAAUAAACCAGCCAUGUCGGUUUGGGGCCUUGCACGGUCAAUUUCCUUUUAAGAGGGCAAGGCGCUGUUCCUAAGGGCCUCCCACCUGACCGAGGGGACAUUGAGGGACUGCAGCAGGCAGCUGUUUCCACUAAAGACCAGCACCUCCAGGCCAGCCUUUAACUUCAUAACAAUAAAAGAUGAAAGCUCUCACUUACAAGGAAAACAAGCAGACAGGGAAUAAAAGCAGAGCAAAGGGCCCCCCCCCUUUGGUUCCCACCUUCCCAAGCCACGAUGAGCACUAGAGGACGGGGAGACCGCAAAGGAAGCAAUUUUCCUCCGAGACGGCUCCGGGCCACUUGACUUAGGAAUAAACUGGCCUUCCAGGCGACCCCAUCCUGUUGACGCAGGGCUGAGUUAGCGCCCCAUAGACCAUUUUAGGGGCCCAUCAGUAUCUGGAGAACAUUUCUGAAAGCUGUCCGCUGCCUCCAGGUUUAAAUCCAGAGCGAGACGUGCCGCGCUUGCCAGGGACCGUAGCUCAGGGCUGAAGGAGCACAUGGUCUGUGUGUAGAAGGUCCCGUGGCUCAGUCUUGGGUAGAAGGCCUGGGGAACCCUUUGGCAAGCAGAGCAAGAACUGGGCUAGCUUGGCCAAUGGCCCGAUUUGGCAUCGGGCACCCCUAGGAGGCCUGUAGCAAAACGGUAGGCACUCCUUCUUUGCAUGUAAAAGGUCGCGGUUUCAGUCCCUGCCGUCUCUGCUAGUAGAAGCUAAUAAGCCUUUUCCUUCUGUUGCUGUGCUUUUGUGCACUUUUUUUAAAAAAGAAAGAAAGGGAGAGGCAGUGAUGGCCACCAACUUGGAGAAUUGGGCAGAUUCCGUAAGAUUAAGGCUAUUGAUGGUUACUAGACAUAAUGGCUAUGCUCUACCUACACAGCUGGAGGCAUCAGUGGUUCUGCAUACAUACCAGUCACUGGAAACCAUGGGAGGGGAGAGGGCUCUUGCAUUUGGGUCUUGCUUGUGGGUUUCCCACUGGAGCAUCUGAUUGGCCACUGUGAGAACAGGAUGCUGGACCAGAUGGGCUAUUGGCUCCAUCCAGCAGCAUCUUCUUAUGCCCUGCAAUGAAUAGUAUUGUUCCCUUGUGGGCAUGUGGGGAGGCCUGGCAGGCUCCGUUAACUCUUUCCUUCCUCUUGCAGGUGCUGGCUUUGGGUUGGGCGUCGUCUUCUCGGUCAUCUUCUUCAAAAGUAAGUGAUGGGUAGCUCCCAGGUGCAUACCCCGCUUCCGCUCCAGGUGCUUGUCUUCCUGACAUCCAUUCUGAGGGGACCUUGUGCCACCAUCCCUCCCUUUAUGCUUUUGGAUAUUGGCCGGCCAAUGAAGAUGGCAGGGCAGCAGGGACCCAUAGCUUAGCGGCAGAGCACUUUGUUUGCAUGUGAAAGGUCCCAGAUUCAGUCCCCAGCACCUCCCAUUAUAAAGAUCAGGUAGGCAGCUGACAGGGACGUGUGUGGCGCUGUGGGUUAAACCACAGAGCCUAGGACUUGCCGAUCAGAAGGUCAGCGGUUCAAAUCCCCGCGACGGGGUGAGCUCCUGUUGCUCGGUCCCUGCUCCUGCCCACCUAGCAGUUCAAAAGCACGUCAAAGUGCAAGUAGAUAAAUAGGUACCGCUGCGGCGGGAAGGUAAACGGUGUUUCCAUGUGCUGCUCUGCUUCUCCAGAAGCGGCUUAGUCAUGCUGGCCACAUGACGCGGAAGCUGUACACCGACUCCCUCGGCCAAUAAAGCGAGGUGAGCGCCGCAACCCCAGAGUCAGCCAUGACUGGAUGUAAUGGUCAGGGGUACCUUUACCUUUACCUUUAGGCAGCUGAUGACGAAGACACUUCUGUGCCUGAGAUCCUGGAGCUCCACUGCUGACCAGAGUUGGAAAUACUGGGCGAGUUCAACCAUUUCCCCACCCUGGUGGCUCUCCAGUGGUUGCUGGAAGCCCCAACUCCUGUGAGCCCCCCCCAGCCAGCACAGCCACAGUGUUAGGGAUGACCAGUGAUGUGUUAGUAACUCUUAUGUGUAUUUUGCAGCCUAAGUUUCAAAGGCAGGUUUAGUAGCCCCUUCUAAAUAAAGAUCCUCCUCACAACGUACUGCGGUAUUUGCUUUCUCUAAAUAAAAGCUGCCUUGUUGACAUCAGGAUGGGAUUUGAGCACACGGGAAGAGCCCUUUCCAACAGCCAUUUGCAGCUUGAUAAACAUUUUUAAUAUAUAUUUAUGCAAUAACUUCCUUCUGUUUAAAAACAACAAGCACUGUGGAGCCCAUCUGUGUGUUUCCCCCCACCCCCAAGCCCAGCACCGUGACCCAUUUUUAAAACAGGUUUUACUCCACCAUGCAUUUUGUGGGAUAGGGUGGGGUGCAGGUUUUUAGGAUUUGCAAACAGAGAUGAGCCACUUGAAAAGAUCAACCUGGUAGCUGUGGAAAGAGGAUUUCUUUAUAACCAGGGUGAGGAACCUCCCCUUGCUUCGCCACCUUUGGAGGGGGCAAUCUGUCAGGGGUCGGCUGCUGUCAGUGGGGGGGUGGGGCCCAAGCCAGAGGUGAGUGGAGCCACUUCCCUCCUCCUAUUUCCUUACCAGGGGAGGGAGAGUGACUGGAAGUGGGGAGGAAGAGAAGGGUCCUCCUUUCCUUCCACUCUGCAGUUUUAAUCUGAAAUCUUAGGCUCAGCGCUGCACCCAGAGCUCAGAAACUGCUCGCGCUAAUAAAAUUCCCUGUUGCAAAAUGCGCCUAAAACAAUGGGAGUUUCAAACACUGGCUUUGGGGAGUAAAAAAAUUGGGAGGGGGGCAUGUAUGCCACCUUGAUCUCCUUGGAGAAAAAGGUGGGAUAUAAAUACAAUGCAAUCAAUGAAAUAAACGAAUAAUAAUUUUGUUAUGGUGGUCUGCAUGUGCCACCUAGUUACAAUCCCUACAGCAGCCCUGCAAGGUGGGGGUGUGGAACCUUUUAUCAGCCCAAGUGCCCCAUUCCUUCACUGGCAGUCUUCGGGGGGGGGGGGCGGAAACCACAUGUCAAUAGUGGGCAGGACUAGGUGCAAAUGUGGACAGAGCAAUCGAUGGCUUUCAUCUCUUAACUAGUAGGCCAGCCUGAGGCUUCUGCAGCCUCUCUCCCCAAAUGCCUCUCUAUUCAGGCAAGCAAGAGUCCCAUUUCAAGGACAUAUUCUAGCUAGGCAAAAGCACUGAAGAGUGGCAAGUGGGCCAUUGAUGGGGCACAGAACUGGGGAAAAUUCCAGGGGCCACUUAGCAAGGCCUGGAGGGCCAUUUCUGCUAUAAGGCAAAUCCCUUUCAGUAAUAUGCCCCUGUUUCAGAAUUAAGCCCGAGAGUCGCUUGCCUAGGACCCACCAGUGGGCCGAUAACAGUUUUGAUCCGAGAACUUCCCCAUUCAGAGUUCAGUCCAUUAACCUCUCACUGUGCUGCUGUACCAGCUAUCAUUGAUGCCCUUGCAGAAUUUCUUGUUUCGUUGAAGCAUUGCGAAUUAUCUGGACCUUGAUUCGGGCCACAUUUCAUAGUGACAUUCCCAUUGUUCUUCCGUCUCUGUUCUUUCUCUCUUUCCCUCCCUCUCUUUCCUUCCACCUUCUUUUGUUCCAGGGAAGACGUGGCCCAUCACUCUCGGGUCAGGAAUGGGCUUAGGAAUGGCUUAUUCAAACUGCCAGCAUGACUUCCGGUCUCCUUACCUUCUCCACGGGCGGUUUGUCAAGGUGAGUCUGCUUUUGAGAACUCCUCUUCGGUCGCAUCCACAUAAUACAUUAAAAGACAGUAUUCUCUAAGCUACUAGCAUGAGUUUGACCAAACUGCAGGAGGCAGUGGAAGACAGAAGUGCCUGGCAUGCUCUGGUCCAUGGGGUCACAAAGAGUUGGACACAACUAAACAACAACAAAUACCACUUAAACUUCCCCAAAAGAUCCUGGGGACUGUAGUUUGUUAACUGCUAACUACGCUUCCCAGAAUUCUUUUGGGGAACCAUGACAGUUUAGAGUCUCUUAAAUGUGCUUAAAAUGUGACCUUAUAGGUAUUUGCUUGGUCUGGGGUAGGGAGUAAUUCCUAAAAGCAUAGCAGGCACCUUCUGUGCCAACUUUUAAAUGCCUGCUGAAAACCUUUCUAUUCUGCCAGGCCUAUUCGGGCAAACAAGAAUACCCGUUUCCACAGUGGUUAAUUGAUGCCCUGUUUUUAACUUCUUUACGUUUUUAUUGUAUGGUUCUCUGUUUUUAUUGCUUUAAACCACUUUGAUGUUUUUUAUGGCACAGCAGUAUACAAAUCAUAGAAUCAUAUAAAUAUUUUUAUAAUUAAAUAUUAAACUCAGGGGAAAGCGGGUAGCCUUCCAGAUUCCCCCCCCCCCCUUUUAACUUAACAACCAGUGCAGUUGAGAGUAUGAGGUUUGUGGGUCUAGCAGACGGCCGUCUUAAAAAAGGGCCAUGGGACACUGUUGUUUUUGAAAACAAACGGAUGUCUUGCAGCAAAGGUUUUCACAUGCUGGAGUCGAAUGCUCUGCACAUUUGGCAGAAAUGCACACGGCUCUUUGGGGUGGGGCGAUUGUAACCAGUGGAACCAAAUGGUCACAAAAAUUAAGAGAGUAGAAGUCUGUGACAAUUAUACAUAAAGUUUAAAAGAGUGCUAGGUGGUCAACGUGAUCGUUUGCAACAGCAAUAAUUGGGGGAUAAAUUUCACGCCUGUAGUGGGUGAGAAACCCUGGUCUUUAUUUAAGCCCUCAACUAGAACUAUGAAAGUUGUGGAUUGGGGAGUUGCAUCUAGUGCUAGCCCUACUCAGAACAGACCCAUUGAAGUUAAUGGGCAGACCUGAUUUAGGUUCAUUCAUUUCAGUGAGCCUGUUCUAACUUAGUUGGAUACAACCCAGUUUCUGAUUCAGCCAUUUUCCCACGGUGCAGCAGGAAACCCUGGUCUCAGUUGAGCCCCAGCGCGUAAGAUCUAGUUCAGCCACUUUUCUUUGGCAAGGGGGCUCUGAAGUGCUCUCUCUUCUGAUAUAAGUCUGGAAAUGUAACCAGAGUACAGCUAUGGGGCUUGGUUGCAAGAGCUUCCUGGCCUACUCAGCCAAGAGUGGGGUUACACCCCCCCCUUGUUGAUUUACCAAACCCCCUUUCCCUUUGCUUCUCUCUUUCCUCAUCCUCUCAGCCAAACCACCCUUGAGCCAACUUAGCCUUUCUUGCUUGCAGGUUUCCUGCCACCUAAUUCUCCCUUGAAUUUUUUUUGGCAAUUGCUUCCCCCCCCCCUCCCUCCCUCCCUCUUGGAAAUUGGCACGCUUCGUGCUUGCCUGCCUUUUUUUUUUGCUAGAACCCCAAGAUUUACCAACCAGAGCCUGGUGCAAAAGUCUUAUUGUUAGAAUUGAAGAGCAUUUUCAUCUAGCAUCCUUUUCUCUCAGUGACCAGUCAGAUACCUCUGGGAAGCCUGCAGACACGACCCGAAUGCAACAGCAACCCUCCCCACUUGUGUUUCCCAUCAACUGAAAUUCAGAAACCUUGCUGCCUUCGAUUGCACAUUUAUCCAGAGAUCUGCCAGUUGAUUCUAAGCUACAUUCUGCCCACCUCUCAGUCCAGCCCUCAAUUGUCUGGCCUUGCACACCGUCAGUGCUAAUUAGUUUGACGACUUAACUCCCAGCCAGUGUUGGUUGUGGCUUUCUUCCAGAUGGGAGAAGAAGUUGCUAAUUCCAAUUUGAUGACUGGUAUAGGUGGAGUGGGGUGGGGGGAAGAGACCCAUCUAGCAGCCUCACCAUUCCCCCCCCCCCCGAAGAAUUGAGGCCUCCAGACCACUCAGCUGUCCACAUCAAAACUGCGUCAUGCUUCCCGCAAUGUUGCGAAACGGCCGUAUAAAGUUUAUAACAGACUCUAUUCGUGGUUUCUCUUCCUCCCACAAACGCACAAAACCUCUCUUAUGGAGGAGCAAAUCGCAGAACAGCCUUGGGCAUGAAUAAACCCUCUAGUAUGGCAAGUUGUAACUGUGCACUCAACUCUAUGUCGCUUAAUGUUGGGGCUUGGUGUACAUAAUACUUUUGGGGGGGAUUGUUUUAUGUAAAAAAUAGAAUUACAAUUUGUUACUGCAGGCAUAAUCAAUGCAAACAGAGAGCUAAACAAUAGAAAUGCAUUAUCCCCUCCAUCACCCUCCCUCAAACGACCUAAUACGAACUCUCUUGAUCUUCAGAUAUUAUAUUCACUGUUUACAGCGUCUGUUACAUUCCAUAAAACCUAUUGCUUUCUAAAAAAAACUAAUUACUGUCUAUAUGGGAGCAGAAGGAAGGAGUUGAUAAGGAUCCCAGCUCUACAAUUCUGUGUUUCUGUGUCACACACACACAAACAUAUAUUAGCACUUCUUUUUCUUCAAAUUGUGGAGGAGCAGGGAGAAAAAAUGUAUUCUUUUGCUCUUAUCAUAGAAUUGUAGAGUUGGAAGGGACCAUGAGGGUCAUCUAGUCCAACCCCCUGCCCGACGUGAGGGUCGAACCCACAACUCCGAGGUUAAGAGUCUCAUGCUCUACUGAAAUGCCACCAGGCAUUUGGCUCUGUAGGCUUUCGAGUGUGUCUUUGCAAAGGCAGCAGUAGCACAACAGCACCCUUCCUUAAAACUGAGACUUCCUGGACGCAGGGAUCCAUUUCCCCUUAUGUGCUUGGAGACCAGGGAGUCCUCAUGUCAGGGAUCUAAGGAGAGGGGGAUAGCUGUGGUCACAAGAGACCAGGGCCCUGCGGUACUUGACAACUUUCCGCAGGGCCUGCAAGACAGAGCUGUUCCGCCUGGCCUUUGGUUUGGACUCAGUCUGACCCUUAUGUUUCCCUCCCCUUAUGGUUUUGAUCUAUGGGCUACUAUUAAAAUGGGGCUGCAUUUUAAAUUGUAUUUUUAACCUGUAUUUUAAAUUGGUCCGGUCCUCCCCAUAUGAUGUUUUUAUUGUACUUUUAUUGGUGUUAGCCGCCCUGAGCCCGGCUCUGGCCGGGGAGGGCGUGGUAUAAAUAAAAAUUUAUUAUUAAUAUUUAUUAUAGAGCGGGAGUUCCUCUCAUAUAAAGGUAACUCUUGGGUGGCUGUGAGAGAGGAUUGGACAAAUCCAUGGGGAGGAGAGGGCUGACAAUGGCUAUUAGCCACAAUGGCUAUGCGCUGCCUCCACUAUCGGAGGCAGCACGGCUUCCAAACAAAAGUUGCUGGAAACCUGAGAUGGGGAGAGGGCUCUUGUGCUUGGGUUCUGCUUGUGGGUUUCCCACUGAAGUGUCUGGGUAGCCGCUGUGCCAUUGGCCUGGUCCAGCAGGCUUUUAAUGUUCCUCUGUUAAAGUUCUGCAGCAGGAACAGACCUGCAACCCUAAGGCCAAAUGAGUAACCGCAAGCCCUUUUCCCCCCUUCCACCAGGAGCAAUGACGCAGGCCCGACCCACGCCUCUCUUUUGCCAGAGGAUCAGCGGCACCUUGGCAAUUCUUCGGGAAGGUCGAAGCGUCCCGGCCUUGAGGCAACAGCCUUUGGAAGCGUUCGGCCCGUUGCUGUUUUUUCCCGCGACACCUGGAACCGAAUAUCGUUUUUUUUGUAAUCCCUCUUUUGGAAACGAAAACGGGGAAGGUGCUGUUCUGGAAAGUGAAAUAAAAACGAGAGUCCACCCCCUUGCCUCCUGCGCCG